CUCUUUUUAAUCAAAUGUUUCAAAGAACAGUCAAAAAGUUUCUUAGAUAAAAGACGAAGACAGAAUUGUGUUAUGAUUAUUAUCAUUUUGUUGUUAAUCUCUUGCUUGUGUUCUCUAAAUGUAGGGCAGAUGCUCAAGAGAGAACUGCAAGUAUCUCCAUCCUCCGUCACACUUGAAAACCCAGUUGGAGAUAAACGGCCGCAACAAUCUCAUCCAGCAGAAGACGGCGGCGGCUGUGCUGGCUCAGCAGAUGCAGCUCAUGAUCCCUGGAGCCGGUCUGCAGCCUAUGGCAACAUUUCCUGUAACGCAGGGACUCGGCACGAACACCAGUCUUGGUUAUGGGUCUUACAUCACACAACUGAACCCUGGCGUGAGCCUCAUUCCCCCAGACAUCCUCUCCAGCACCCCGGUUCUGGUCUCAGGUAGCCCAGGUGUCCCAGUUCAGUGCUCCUCCUCCUCUUCAUCCUCCUCUACUUCUUCUCCAUCGCAGAAGCUUCAGCGCACUGACAAAUUAGAGGUUUGUGCUUGAUAAGUUGUCACCAAA